AUGGAUGGCGAAGGAUCUGAUGUGGCAAAGGAAACAAGCGAAGGAGGGCAAAACCAUUCACACACAUUUUCUGUGGAUGCUGUUCCUUUUGAGCCGGGGCUAAAUGCGUCUUCCUCUGUACCAAAUAGGUGGCAGGAUCCAUCGUCUAUUGUACCAGAGCAGUUGUCUGCUUGGGCGCCAAACACACCCUGGACCUAUCAGGCACCAUAUUUUGAUGCACUUACGUUCAACGCAAAUAUGAGGGCUAUGGUGGAGGCGGCAGCCAUGAUGAACGUGGGAGCGAAGCGGUACAGCGGAGCUCCCAUUGUGAGAGCAUCAAGCCCUAGUAAAAAAAAUUUAAAUGUCUCCGAAGGCGCCAAAAAAAGAGAGAAAGCAGGGAUAUCAAUCCAUGCCAAGCCGUGGUCCCCAUCGCCUGAAACUGGACUACGUCAGAAGGAGGGAGACGCUUACAUCCAUCUAAAGAAAGGAUGGGUAAGAGUUCCGUAUCGGGGUGAAAUGGUAAUUUCGCCUGUCGCUUUCAAGGAAAUAGCUAAUGAUUUUGUGCACUCUCUCACCGUAAAGCCUAUUGAAAAACCGAGAAUCCAGUUAGAGCUAUACAAUUAUCACUGCGCGCGAUGUGCAUCGCAUUCUUUUUUUGGUCGUUUAUCGUGCAGGGGCGCAGAUGUGACUUUAAAGGGCAUUGCUGGAGACAUUCCCCCACUAUGUGUAGCACAUUUACUUGAACAGGUUACGGGAAAUGUUGUUUGCGCCUUAUUUACUGAAGGUGACUAUCUCAACUAUGAGGUAUGGCUAGAGAACCCUGAUAAAGCUAAUGUUUUUGCCAAGACGAUUUCUGAUGCAAUGUGGACGUGUCCAAUGUUUCAUGGCUACGCUGUUCACACAAAAACUGAAGAUGGUAAGGCCUUUUUGCAUGAGUAUAUAUCAAGCCUUAAGGACGAUUUCCCAGAAGAAACACCUUACCCCAUGCGUUGCGUCGAAGCGAUUACUUCAUCUACUGGAAAAGUAAAAGGUUAA